AUGACUGAGAUUGAACAGGUAAAACAAGUGAGGUUGGGUAAUUCAGGGCUUAAGAUCUCUCCGAUCGUAGUAGGCUGUAUGUCAUAUGGGUCAAAGAAAUGGGCGGAUUGGGUUAUUGAGGACAAGGAAGAAGUAUUCAAAAUUCUGAAGCGCUGCUAUGAUAUUGGUUUGCGCACCUACGAUACGGCCGACUUUUAUUCGAAUGGUGUGAGCGAAAGAUUGCUCGGGGAGUUCUUGCGCAAGUUUAACAUAAACAGAGAGACAGUUGUAAUUCUAACCAAGGUUUUUUUGCCAGUGGAUGAAUCGCUACCGCUGGGACAUGCCAUGAAACUGACAUCUGCAGAUGAAUUGCAAUUGUGUAAUCAACGGGGGUUGUCGAGAAAGCACAUCCUGGCCGGUGUUUCAAAUUCUGUCGAAAGAUUGGGUACCUACAUUGACCUUUUGCAGAUACACCGACUGGAUCACGAAACUCCAAUGGAGGAAAUUAUGAGGGCCCUCAACUGCGUCGUUGAGAGGGGUGAUGCUAGAUAUAUUGGGGCUUCCUCAAUGCUGGCUACUGAGUUUGUUGAAAUGCAGUUCAUAGCUGAGAAGCACGGAUGGCAUAAAUUCAUCAGUUCUCAAUCCUGUUACAAUCUUUUGUACCGCGAGGAUGAAAGAGAACUGAUACCCUUUGCAAAGAGGCACAACAUCGGCCUUCUACCCUGGUCCCCUAAUGCCAGAGGGCUGCUCACCAGGCCAAUAACAAAGCAAACUGAAAGAAUGAAGAGCGAUCCCAUGUUCAAAUCCAAGGGACUCGAUAAGUUACAGGAUCACGAGGUGGCAAUCAUUUCUCGCGUUGAGGAGCUGGCAAACAAAAGAGGAAUUCCAAUGGCAGCUAUUUCUAUUGCUUGGUCUAGAAGAAAGGGAUGCUGUCCUAUAGUCGGCCUAAACUCUGUCGAAAGGGUAGACGAGGCCGCUGCAGCUACCAAGGUUGAGCUGACCGAUGAAGAGGUUGCAGCGCUUGAAGAACUCUACAGGCCAAGGAAUAUUCUAUAA